GGAUCCCGAAGACGAAAGCGUCCAAGAAAUUAUGGAAGCUUUGAGGCUUAAGUUUAGGGUUAUCCGUGCAGCUUUGGGUGUUAAAUUGGAAUAUCUUGGAUACCCAAAACCUAAAGACAUCGAAUUUUGAUUUCAGCUACUUUAUUUUAGAUCUUAAGCAAGUAGAAAGAGGAGGAGGAGAAGAAAAGAUGUUGAGCAAGAUGCUGGCUUGUGGCAAGGUGUACAUUUCUGAAAGCCGAAAUAGAGCAGCUUUGGAAUCGAUAGAAAGAGCUGCCAAGCUAUUCCCUGAGGCUGCUAUUGUGAAUAAGUUUAUAGAUGAUACUUACAAUAGAGUUGGAUAUACAGUUGUCUCCAGAUUGACUCCAAAACCAUCUCAAGAUUCAUGUCCUUUGAAAGAUGCAGUCUUUGCCAUUGUUAAGGUUGCUUUGGAGACCAUAGACUUUGAGUUGCAUUCUGGAACUCAUCCUCGACUUGGAGUUGUCGAUCAUAUAUGUUUUCACCCCUUGGCACAUGCUUCCUUGGACCAAACAGCUGUGGUUGCAAAGUCUUUGGCAGCAGAUAUAGGCUCCAAACUUAAAGUACCUACGUUUCUAUAUGGGGCUGCUGAAGAGAGGGGAAGGUUGCUUGAUUCUGUCAGAAGAGAACUUGGUUAUUUCAAGCCUAAUUCAGGCAGUAUUCUAUGGUCCGGAGGGUCUAAAUCAGAGUCCUUACCCCUGAAGCCUGAUGCAGGUCCAACUCAAGUGUCUCCAACAAAAGGUGUUAUUUUAAUUGGAACCACCCAUUGGGUUGCUAACUACAAUGUCCCUGUAUUCUCGACUGAUAUUGCGGCUGUUCGUAGGAUUGCAAAACAUGUAAGUGAGAGAGGAGGUGGACUUCCUUCAGUGCAAGCGAUGGGGCUUGCACAUGGUGAUGGCAUCACUGAGGUGGCUUGUAAUUUGUUGAAACCAAAUGAAGUGGGAGGAGACAGAAUUCAGGUUGAAGUUGAGAGGCUUGCAAAGGAAGAGGGUUUGCGUGUUGGGAAGGGAUAUUUCACCGAUCUUAUACCGGACGAGAUUAUUGAAAGAUACAUGAAGUUGAGUUCUCAUUAAAUGAUGGAUGAAAUGUGGUCAUGGAGGUAUUUUUGUUCUAUUCAUGUAUCUCAGUUUUUACUGCAAACCUAUUGCCUCACAAAUACAUUUCGAGCUUAUGAAAAAUAACAUUCAUCAUUGAUAUCGGACGACUGCUUGUUGUUUGAACUUGUUUCAGCAUAAAGCUUGGUUUGACA